GACCACUGUAAGGUGAAAACAUGUAUUGUAGUGAGAUGAGUUAGUAUUCCUGAUCUUUUUGAAACAAAUGAAAAAUGAAAACUUUGUACCAAAGACUUAAAUGUUAUGAACAACAAGUAUUUCAUAGUUUGGGUUUGUGUCAGUAUACUUCUGAGAUGCAGCAUUAAUGCAGAAAAGUACAUUGAAAUCUUAGAGUAACAUAUGCUACUUUCAAGACAACAUCUUUUUCCUGGGAUGUCCAUGCAUUUCUCAACAAGACCAUGCAAAACUACAUGCUGCACACAUUACAAAGGAAUGACUGUAGAGGAAGAGAGUACAUGUAUUACAUUUGCUUGCCUACAGUACUCUCUUUUUUUCUACUCCCCCCAGUACCUCAGGCUCUCAGCAGGAUGUCCUGGUCACUGGACCUGCUUCCUCUGCCCCCUUGUGUGGAGCUGGGUGGGCCUCCUUUCAGUGGUCUGCUGUGGACCCUGCUGCUGCUCUUCCUCUGGUACUGCUAUCGCGUGGGCUCCGACCCCCCAUCCUGCCGGAGUCACAUAGGGGCUGGCUCCACCCUCUCUGCCCUGUCCCGCUCCACCGCUGACCCGGGACGAUCAGCACCGAAAGCUUCCCCUGCGAUCGCCAUGGAGAGGGGUGAGGAGGAGGAGGGAGCAGAGAGCUACCUCACACCUGUUUUAAGCCACGCCCCCUUUCCUGCCCAGGCAACAGCAGGUAGCAGGAAACUGUACACAGCUCUGCAGGAGUACGCCAAGCGCUACAGUUGGGCUGGCAUGGGCCGCAUCCACAAGGGCCUGCGCAACCAGGCCAGGAUGAGCGAUCGCUCCUCCAUCCAGAAGCCACACCUUUUUCACCUGCCAGAUGUUCCAAGUAUCCCGUUCUUCCCUCGGGAUGCUCAUCGACACGACAUUGAAGUCCUGGAGGCCAACUAUUCCAUAAUCCUCGCUGAAUUUCAGGCAGUCUACCAGAGAGGCAUUGACACAAAGUUGGGGUGGAUGUACCAAGGACCUAAGGGCCAGGCAGUGUUUCCGCUCUAUAAUGCAGGAGUGUGUGUGGCGAGUAACUGUCGCGCGUGUCCGUAUACGUACCGUACCCUCCUCUCCCUCAGAACCUUCAUCAGCAGUAACUCUCUUGGGGCCGCAGGUUUCUGGGUACUGGGCCCCGGGGCCUCACUGGGAGGAGCUUAUGGCCCCACCAACACUCGCCUGCGCUGCCAUUUGGGUCUCCAGACUCCUGCCCAGUGUGAGCUGGUGGUGGGUGGUGAGCCGCAGUGCUGGUCUGAAGGACACUGCCUUCUAGUGGACGACUCCUUCCUGCACACCAUCUCUCAUAACGGUGGUGCUGAAGAUGGCCCAAGGGUGAUUUUCAGUGUGGAUCUUUGGCACCCAAGCGUGGCUGCAGCAGAGAGACAGGCUCUGGACUACAUCUUUUCUCCUGAGCAGUAAUCAACUAUGUAUCAUUCAACCGAGUUCAUCGGUUUCACCAAAACAGGAAGAGAACAUCUUAUCAGCUUCUUAAACACUGUCCUAAAGUUGUUCUUAGGGGCCACCAUUAAUUUAUUCAUUUCCAGUCACAACAGCCAUUAAUUGUUCAUUUUUUCUGAGAGGAUUAGAUGUAAAAUCAUCUAAUUGUAAGGGAAAGAAAAAGCUGAAGGAAAAUAAGUCUGGAAGGGCAGCAGAACUGUUGGAGUAGUCAUGUGGAAUAGGAAAGCUGUAAUUAAGGAAAAGAGUGUGGACAGUAAAUACUGCAAAAGGCUCAUAUUCAUUAUAUAUCAUAUUUAUCUGUUGUGAUCUUUGUAUAAUGUUUGGUUAAAUAUAUAUUUUCCACAGUACAUUACAAUUAAAAGCCACAUUGACUGGAAAGGAAAUAAAUCAAUGGUGGUGUUAAGCUUUGGAAAGCAUUCUACACUAUGUUUUUCUGCACUUGAGCAAGACCACAAGCCACCAGUAUAGACUUUGGGACAGGCCCACAGCAGUGUUCAGCAACAAGGGUAGGGAAUUACCAUUACCAUUCACUUACCUGACCAUACAUUUUACUGUAUGUCCUUGCUUUAUAUUCUACUGCCCUAAACUUCUCUUCCACUCUGAGUCUUCCACAAGCACAGUUUUCUAUCUUACCAGGCCCUCGCGAGAGCGCUAUCGCUAACAUGCAGCCACAAAUACUGUGAACUCUAUUCAAACACUGGUUUCCAGUAUCUUCAUAUCUUAAACUUUUUUGAUUUGUGCCUGUCUUAACGACUCCGAUCUCCUGUUCUAUCAUUUCGUGCCUGAUUUCUUCACCUGAUCGUGACCUCUUAUUCUGAUAUAUACUGUGACUCGAGCUAUUCCGUCAAUACUGUAUGUAGAUUAUUACUUCUGUCCCCUGUUUUAUGACGUGGAGUUUUAUUUUCUGGAGCUUUAUUUUCGGACACAUUGUGUGAAGCACACAGUAAAGAAAUGAAACCUGAAAUGUGUUUGAUCAGACUGCAUGCAUGCGUUGUGAAGCCCAACUGUACAGCCAAUGCGAUGCAUCUGAACCAUCUCCCUCGCAGAGCAAAUGUGUAAUUGACUAAAGGUGUAUUCUCUGAAUAAAGACUUUUGUUAAAGCAAAAA